GAAAAUUGUGUUUUAUUUGAUUUUAACAUUAGGCCAAGUGGGCUUAUGUUGCAAGAAAUUUUGGGAGUAGUGCCUUUGUUGACAGGCGUACGAUAAUUUUUUCAUCGGUACGAUAAUUUUGACACUCAAAUACGGUAAUUCUCUUCCGCUCACCUGGCAGCACUGAUCAGAUGUGAUCUAAACAAUUUCUGGGAAACUUUUCCUCAAAACUUGCGUAGUAUUUACCGUAGGAUUUUCUGCUUGGUUUAGCGUAAAUGAAGUGUUAACAGUACAACAUCAGGCGAUAACAAAUUGUAAUGGAAGUUCUAAAAGAUUACGACAAUGCAGACACGAUCAGUAUUGAUACCUUGGCGCUUGAAGAACUUCUUGAAGAAGAAAGGGCGAGAGAAUUGGCCGACUUAAACUCCCUGAGUAAAAAAGUGUGUCACCUUCAUACAAGUUUGUUGUAUUAUCGUAACUCUAAAUCUAAAAUGGGUGCAGCGAGUUAUGAAACGUGGAGAACGCUGGUGAAGAAGGUCGGAGGCACCCCUGACGGUUGGAGGGAUCUUGGCUACAUUUUAGGCAUACCACAGGAUGAUUUGGAUUACAUAUCAAACUCUAUGAAAUAUGAACCAGACCCAACUAAUGUAGUACUUAAAUUAUUCAUUCAAGAUGAAGAUUCAACAUUAGACAAAAUUAUAGACGCUUUCCUGAAACUGAAACGCUAUGACAUAUUAAAAGCACUUGAGCAGUCGCUCCUUGAUCUUACACAAUGCUUUAACAAUAAACAAGAAGACAGUGGUUAUCAUAGCAAUAGCAAAAACGUCCAGCGAGAAAUUAUAAGUUACAUGAAAAAUUUGGUCAACGAUUUACCGCCAGCCUUAUCAAAAAAUAAAGAACAUAACCAGCCAAAUCCAGUACCAAGAAUACCAUUAAACCCGGUAGAUAUUAAUGUGCAAAAAGAUGGGCCUAUUCUGUUUCUCACAUAUGCAGAAGAUGGUUUACGGACUGCUUGUAACAUUCAGCAAGUAGUUGCGGGUUGGGAUUCAGAUGUUAUGGUGGUCAUGCUCAAUGAUAGAAGGGAUGAAGUUUAUCAGAAUCCGGAGAGGUUUAUUAGGGAGUAUGUGGAAAAGGCCGACUAUGUAGUACCAAUCCUUACAACGGGCUACCUAAGCGCAAUAAGAACACAUAACACCAGCGCACCAAGCACCAACGGGAAUUUAGACCACAAAUAUGUUAACUAUGUCUACAAUUUAAUCACCGGACAAUAUAUUUAUGCAGACGGAUGUUUAAAUAAGAAGGUUAGAAGUGUAUUGCCGGAAGGAGUGUUUGUUCCUUGGAUGUUGAUAUCGUCUUAUCCGGUAUUGAAACCAUGGACUUGUGAGGUGGAGUUUGAUAAACAGUUCAAAUCGUUUUUGGGAUUGACUACCUCCUAGAGGUAUUGUAUUUAGAAAAUUUUUAGUCUUUACAAGCUUUUAUUUAACUUGCAAUGGUAUGUACAUUUAUUGUACGGGUCAAAUCUUGCAAGCUUAGAUACACUUCAUAUUAUUUGCUUGAGCUGAAACUUCACAUACAUACGUAAGUUGAAUGACAUACAGUAUUAUUGUUAUUUGUUAUAUUGUACCAUCGACCUGAUUUGAAUGAUGGACACAGGAGGUGCCCAUAGGAACUGUGAUAAAACGCAACUUAAUUGCGUUUGGGUUUGUUAGAAUCGUCUCGAUAAGUACUCGUUGCCUGUCAAAAGAAAUGUAGUCAGUUAUAAAAACGUGUAUCAAAAAUAAAAUUUUGUACAAAAAACUUAUUUACAAACUGGACUUGAUCCUGUAUUAAAAAUAAAAAGACUUGCCCUGUUUUGAGCGCAAAAUUGUACUUGCCAGACUACUACAGUCCCAGAGGAGGAAUAAAGUUGAUUUCAAAAUCUAGCGCGAGUAUUUCGAACUACCCGCACUUUGUUUUACCGUGCAUGAAAGAGUAGAAAUUAAAUGAGGGCGCCACUUUCCUCGUUACUGUCAUAUUUUGACGUAAAAUGCUUAUUAAACAUGGUAACAAUUUUGUAUGGAAUUUUAUUAGUUCCAUUUUAUUUUAUUUCUAUACUUUCAUGUCGCACUAUAUCAACUUGAAAAUCCGGAACACUACGGUUCUCACGCACAAUAUCCACAUGACCAAGUGAAUGAUAUUCUAAAACCAUUGCCUCGAUUAACUUUGCAAUUUUCUUUUAAUUCGAAUGGGUUUAUGCCAUGCCAUAGAGGUAGGAUCGUAUAGAUGUGCUGUACCGCGUGAGGGACAGGACAUACACAAUGCGACAAUAGUAUUUUAUGCAACAGUUGUAUAAGAAGGGUCAAAAAAGGCGAGUGGCGUGAGUUACAAUGUGAGCCGGAGCCGAAGGCGUAGGCGAACAUUGUAAAGGAAUACGCCACGAGCAUUUUUUGACCUACUUAUACAACGUUGCACACAAUAUUUUUCCUACGAGUCAACAAAAAUAAAUCUUAAUUUAGGUAAACAAAGCAAAAGUAUAUAGCCAAGACGCGCGAGCACACCUUGUUCCGCGCCCGGCCCGCCCCGGGCCGCGGCCGGCCGGUCGGCGACACCUGCUCGUAACUCAUGAGGCCCUGGUACUUGCUACUUGCUAAAUUAAAUUUUUGGACAGUUUUUUCUCAAUUUUGGCCACCGUAGCCUACGGAGACUAACAAGCAACGCUAAGCGGUCUUCGUAGUAUUACGGGUGUCACAUGCGUGUUUCUGACUUAUGAAGUAAUUAUUUUUACUAUGCAACCAAAUGAAUAUUUUGUAAGUUGGCAGCAAUGCACUUAGUUUAAAACUGUAUUCGUUUUGGUUUUGUUAGGUUGGUAGCCAUUAAUCGCAGUAACGUUAUAGCGAUUAAAAGCACAAGAGCUUUUAUGAGGAAUAGACAAUAUUAUAGACUUUUCUUGAAACCUUUUAUGUAUGUUCUUAUAUUCGUGUUAAUAAAUGCAUAAAUGACAGAUAACAGUAGAGGAGUAGGAAAAAUUAAAAACACGUUUUAACAUUUCUGACAACAUACCAAAAACAACCUACGUAAUUUGGUGGGGUUCAUUGUUACCCACCAUAAAAAACGGUGGGCAAUGGAAUGUCCACGUCACUUAGGACUUUUUAAAAGUAGGCAGAAAGGGCAAGUCAGACUAUGACAAGGACAAGGACAAACAGUAAUAGCGCUUUCUCUGCUACUCCUACUGAAAGUUCCGUAAAAGCAUCUCGCUCGGUCAUCACCUCCCUCCCCCAUUUCAUCUCUAUAUUAUUGUACCUCUAAUGCCCCCGUUUAAGCAAAUAAUAAUGUGAAAGUUUAGUUCAAUAUAUUUUAAAUCUUGCCUAUUAGAUGUAUUGUGCUCGAUAUCGAACCUUGUCGGAAUGCAUGAAGGUUGAAAUUGGCCUGCAGCCGCACGCGUCACUUGGCGGUCAAAAGGGUAGGGAAUACCUUUUACAGUACAUAUGGGGCUACUUUAUAGCACUAGUGCGAGAAGUAGCAUAUUACGUUACUGUGUCGAACAUUUAAAGGGCCAUAUGUACUGUAAAACGUUGUACGAUACAUGUGCGAAUAGGUAAUUCGCAACUCGUGUCGAUUUAAAACACUCCCUUCGGUCGUGUUUUAAUUUAUCGCCACUCGUUUCGAAUUUCCUAUUUUUCGCACUUGUAUCGUAAUGUACUAUUUUGGAAAUGACGGCCAAGUAUCAGUGUAAGAUAUAGAUAUUAAGUGCCUUCUAGCUUUAUAUUUCUAAUACUGAAAAUGUAACGAAAUGAGGCUUUACUCUUAGCUAGGAUUUGCAUGACGGAUCUGUAAUGUAUGGGGAAUCCGGGUAUCCAAAUCCAGACCCGGAUAAUUUCAUACAUUUUGGAUCUGGAUUGCAAACCCUACUCUUAGCCUUGCUCUUAUAAAGUUGUCCGAAAUGAAAUAGUUCAAAUUGUAUAAGCUUAAUAUGAUUUUUUUUUAUUUAAUAUUAUUUAAACUUAAUAAUUCUUUGCCUCAAUGUACCUUAUUAUCAUUUAAGUAAUGGUUGGGUUGUGCGCUUAAAUUCUGGCAGUUCAAUUGUAUUAAUGUAAUAGUUUAAUAUUGAAUAAAACACUUUUUUAUA